AUCUGUGAAUGAACUUUACUAAGUAUGGAUCCAGGUGGUGGAAGUCUUGGAUUGCACACAUCAGAAUCUAGAAUGGCCCAUACCAUGAUUAUGCAGGAUUUUGUGGCUGGAGUGGCUGGUACUGCACAUAUUGAUGGAGACCACAUUGUUGUCUCAGUUCCUGAAGCUGUAUUAGUUUCUGAUGUUGUCACAGAUGAUGGCAUAACUCUUGAUCAUGGCCUUGCAGCUGAAGUUGUCCAUGGGCCUGAUAUCAUCACAGAGACUGAUGUAGUAACAGAAGGUGUGAUUGUUCCUGAAGCUGUUCUUGAUGCUGAUGUUGCCAUUGAAGAAGAUUUAGAGGAAGAUGAUGGUGAUCACAUGCUGACUUCUGAGCUAAUUACAGAAACUGUUAGGGUACCUGAACAGGUUUUUGUGGCUGACCUUGUCACUGGUCCUGAUGGACACUUAGAACAUGUGGUUCAAGAUUGUAUUUCAGGAGUUGACUCUCCCACAAUGGUAUCAGAGGAGGUGCUUGUAACUAAUUCAGAUACAGAAACUGUGAUUCAAGGAGCCAGUGGUGUUCCUGGUUCUACAGUUACUAUAAAAACCGAAGAUGAUGACGAUGACGACAAUGAUGAUGAUGUCAAGAGCACUUCAGAAGACUACUUAAUGAUAUCUUUGGAUGAUGUUGGGGAGAAAUUAGAACAUAUGGGAAACACACCAUUAAAAAUCAGCAAUGAUGGUUCACAAGAUAUUAAAGAAGACGAGUUUGGUUCAGAAGUAAUAAAAGUAUAUAUAUUUAAAGCCGAAGCUGAAGAUGAUGUUGAAAUAGGAGGAACAGAAAUUGUCACAGAGAGUGAAUACACUAAUGGACAUUCUGUAGCUGGAGUGCUUGACCAGAGCCAAAUGCAACGGGAGAAGAUGGUUUACAUGGCAGUAAAAGAUUCUUCUCAAGAGGAAGAUGACAUCAGAGAUGAAAGAAGAGUUUCACGGAGGUAUGAAGAUUAUCAAACAUCAGGAAAUAGUUUGGAUUCAUCUCUAGAAAAAAGAAGUAACACAGCAGCACAGUACCUUCAAAUUUGUGAUACUAUUAAUACGAAUAAAGUACUUAAACAAAAAGCCAAGAAGAGAAGAAGGGGAGAAACCAGGCAGUGGCAAACAGCUGUUAUAAUAGGUCCUGAUGGACAGCCCUUGACAGUAUACCCUUGCCACAUUUGCACAAAAAAGUUUAAAUCCAGGGGAUUCUUGAAAAGACACAUGAAAAAUCAUCCUGAUCACUUGAUGAGAAAAAAAUAUCAGUGUACAGAUUGUGAUUUUACAACUAACAAAAAAGUGAGUUUCCACAACCAUUUAGAAAGCCAUAAGCUUAUAAACAAACUUGACAAAACACAUGAAUUUACAGAAUACACACGAAGAUACAGAGAAGCUAGUCCAUUGAAUUCAAAUAAACUUAUUUUAAGAGACAAGGAGCCGAAGAUGCACAAGUGCAAAUACUGUGACUAUGAAACUGCAGAACAAGGAUUCUUGAAUAGACAUUUAUUGGCUGUUCAUAGCAAACAUUUUCCUCAUGUUUGUGUUGAGUGUGGGAAGGGCUUUCGACAUCCUUCUGAGCUAAAGAAGCAUAUGAGAAUCCAUACUGGUGAGAAGCCAUAUCAGUGUCAGUAUUGUGUCUUCAGGUGUGCAGAUCAGUCAAAUCUGAAAACUCACAUUAAGUCUAAACAUGGUAACAACUUACCAUAUAAAUGUGAGCACUGUCCUCAAGCAUUUGGUGAUGAGAGGGAGCUUCAGCGUCAUCUAGAUAUGUUUCAAGGACACAAGAUACACCAGUGUCCUCAUUGUGACCACAAGAGCACCAACUCAAGUGACCUUAAACGGCACAUCAUAUCUGUCCAUACUAAGGAUUUUCCUCACAAAUGUGAAGUCUGUGAUAAAGGUUUCCAUCGUCCUUCUGAGCUUAAAAAGCAUAGUGAUAGUCAUAAGGGUAGGAAGAUUCAUCAAUGUAGGCACUGUGAUUUUAAGACAUCAGAUCCAUUUAUUCUUAGUGGUCAUAUCCUUUCAGUUCAUACUAAGGAUCAGUCAUUAAAGUGUAAAAGGUGCAAGAGAAGUUUCAGACAACAGAAUGAGCUCAAGAAGCAUAUGAAGACCCAUAAUGGAAGGAAGAUCUACCAAUGUGAGUAUUGUGAAUAUAGCACUACAGAUGCAUCUGGCUUUAAACGACAUGUGAUAUCAAUCCAUACAAAAGACUACCCACACAGAUGUGAAUUCUGCAAGAAGGGAUUCCGAAGACCUUCAGAAAAAAAUCAACAUAUUAUGAGGCACCAUAAGGAGGCUCUUAUGCAGUAGCACCGAUAUGAAGGAAAAUGCUGUUUAAAGAUUUGUUAAUUAGGAAAAUUUCAUGUAAUGUUUCAUCUGGUUUCAAAGCUUCAUAUUAAAUCAUAACUUUACAUUCUUUGUAUUAAAGAUCUUACAGUACUUUAAUUUGCAGGAGAUCUCAUAGCCCUUUGAAAAUUACAUAAGUAAGGAACACCAUAAAAUGGUUGCAGAAUAUGUGUUUGUUUAAUACUAUUAUAUGCAUAAUUAAACUGCAGCGGGGAAAAGUAUGAUUUGAUUCAUCGUACUAGAGACAGAUGUUUCUGAAAAGAUAUAUCUAUUGAGUGUAACAAUGUUUUGCUUUAGCAAGC